GUGUAGUUCAGGAGGAGUGAAGGAGACCCAUAAUGGCAGCUAGGUUAAGGUUGUUACCAGGGUUUACACACCACCUUGUACAGUGGUGUCAAGCUAUGUCGUGGCAGAAUGUACGACUGUGUAAAGUUCUUGCUCCGACCCAGAUGGGCAUCACCAGACAAACCAGUAGUCUGCCAAAUGGUAAAAAAGAGAAGGUGGCUGAAGGACCUUCGCUGGAAGACUUUAUAUCAGGAGAGGUCACAAAGGAUAUGACUUGGUCAGAUUACACUGGGAAGCUGAAGCGAGGAAAGGGAGAAACAGACCGUCUGAGGCUUCCUCCUUGGCUCAAACGUGAAAUCCCUUUGGGGAAAAACUAUAAUAAGUUAAAAGCUGACCUUCGUGGGCUCAACCUCCACACAGUGUGUGAAGAGGCUCGAUGUCCAAAUAUUGGUGAAUGUUGGGGAGGCAAUGAAGACAAUGUUGCUACUGCAACAAUAAUGCUCAUGGGAGACACCUGCACCAGAGGUUGUCGGUUCUGUUCAGUAAAGACUGCUCGCAAGCCUCCACCUUUGGACCCUGAGGAGCCUGUUAAUACUGCCACAGCCAUUGCCAAAUGGGGACUCAACUAUGUUGUUCUUACUUCUGUAGAUCGAGAUGAUAUACCAGAUGGAGGUUCCUCGCACUUCGCAGAAACAGUGAACGAGCUGAAGAGACAGAACUCUUCCAUCUUGGUGGAGUGUCUUGUUCCAGACUUCCGAGGAGACAAAGAUUGUGUAGCAACAAUUUCUAAUUCUAACUUGGAUGUAUUUGCUCACAAUAUCGAGACGGUGGAAGCCCUGACUCCUCGUGUACGUGAUCCCAGAGCAAAAUACAGGCAAUCUAUGGGAGUUUUAGAACAUGCUAAAACAGUAAAAGCAGACUUGGUGACUAAAUCAUCUAUAAUGUUGGGUCUUGGUGAAACUGACGAUGAAAUUCUGCAGACAAUGAAGGAUUUACGUACUGCAGGGGUGGAGUGUGUAACUCUUGGACAGUAUAUGCAGCCAACCAAGCGACAUCUAAGAGUGACAGAAUAUGUUACACCGGAUAAAUACCAACAUUGGGAGGAAGUUGGAAAGAGUUUAGGCUUUGUGUACACUGCAAGUGGACCAUUAGUGCGGUCCUCAUACAAAGCUGGUGAAUUCUUCUUAAAAAAUCUUCUUACGCAGAGAAAACAAGAGAAAAGUCUCAAAGUAUCGACUGAUUGACUUCAUUAAUCGGGUACAAUUUUAUUUUAUAUCGGAUGCUAAUAUUUCAAAAUUUAAUAUAAUAAUAAAAACUACAGUUAUUGGCAUAUAUCAGAAAAAUCUUCUAAAUCAGUUUCCAACACAAGCAGUUAGGUAUCCUAUGCUUCAGUAAGAAUUAAAAUGAGCUGUAGGGUUUAUUAAUAUAUGUUUGAUAUUUUAAAGUCUAAUUCUGUAUAUAAUGUACACUAAUAUAAGUUUAAAUAAGCACAUGCUGUAUAGACAUAUGUAAAAUGGAUAUCAUAACACUUGACUGUUAAUAAUUUAGGAAUUUAAUAAAUCGCCUUUCAUGGGAACCUAAUAUCACUGGACACUAAUAUUCUCUUUCGCCAACUUUUUGUCCAGUUAGUUCUUGGCAAUGACUGUGUGUUGUGGUGAGCCAGGAGUGAGUCUCUUAGUUACAGUUUAGUUCUCCAGAGCAGUGAACUUUGCCUCUGCUCCAUCAGUCACUCCAACAUAGAUGGAAGGUUAAGUGAGGAGUCUGUCAGUAGUUUAACAGUACUGUACAGGGGUUAGUACAUUACUUCUGGGUUAUAUUCUACAGUUUUCCUCCUACAAAAUGUAUGUGCACAGUAUCACAUUAAAAAAAAUAUAUAUAAUGUCUAUGUACCUAUGAAAGAAAAAUAUAAAUAAAUAAGAAGUAUUA